UGCACUUUGCUUGUGGACCAAUCAAUUUGCUUAGGGGUAAUGCGAUUGGUCAACGAGCACGUUGGAAUAAAUAGGGGUAUGUUAAACCAUGUGACCCGAACAAACCCUUGAAGAUGGUAUUGCUGGUUAUAUUCUCAUCUACAUAUACUGCAUGGCAUGGUAGAGCCUCAGAGAAACUCUCGUGUUUAUUAAUAAUUUCUCUCGACAUUGCACGAGAGAUAGAGCUGAAUAGAGCCAGAAACGAUUUAAAGAGCUCUGAUACAAUUAGAGAUCUGUUAAUGAUCUUUCAGUAGAUCCACUGCUUGUUUUUGAACCGCAGCUACCUACAGUCACAGUUUGAAUAUUAACUGUGACGGCUCUUUGCAAAAUGUAAACGAGCGGAGGUGUAUUCUGGAGAGAAAAAAGUCCGAUUUCUCAACCAGUUGGUCCUCGUGAAAAGUACAGGGUAAAAUUUACCGUGUACUUCAACUGAUAAAAUGGCUGCAUCCUUGUCAGCUUAUUGGGUAAAGUUUUUCAAAGGAGCUGGAUUUCCUCAAGAUGUGGCCACCAAGCAUGCAGUUGUGUUCUCGAACAAUCGCAUCAAACCAGACAUGUUGCCGGAUCUGGAUAAACCGAGCCUCAAAGAGAUGGGCAUCACAUUAAUGGGCGACAUGAUCGCUAUUUUGCGAUAUGCCAAAAAAGUAGUAGAAGAAACUACAUGCGAAAGAUUCUUAGUUGAUUCGGAGGACAUGCUUCCGAUGACUCCAAAAGUCACCGCCACAAAACCUGCUGCAAAAAAAGUGGUCAAAGAAAUUGGAAACAAGACAGUAGUCUUAACGGCAUCCAAAACGGAUCCUGCCAAGAAAAUAAUUAAACCUCUAACCUCUGCAACUAAGAAGGUUGUGGCUGUGAGAAAACCAAUUUCUACUUCAGCCAUUUCUACUAAUGCCAUUAAUCAAAAACAAAUGUCUUUGAAGAGAAAAUUGGUACCAGAAGAAGAGGAUGAUCAAGAUGGCAAUGAGGAUAAUUGGAAUACCUUAGAAAAGAAGAUAAAGGUGACAAAUGGUAGUGAAGACACCAUUGAGUAUCCUGCACUGACUGUGCCAAAGGCAACAUCUGUGAGAACUCAAAUACUUAAAAAAUCCGUCGAACAGAAACGAACGGUAUUCGACAGACUAGGUGACAGCUCAGUCACGAGCACAACCAAUAAUUUAGCUGACACAACGCCUACCUUCAACGUCACUGGAGUUAGUAAGGACGCGUUUAAGAGAUCGACGAGCGUUUUCAAACGUCUCGGAGAAAUAGACGACAAGAAGGAUCACAUCACUACUGCGGGUAUACUUAAAAAUGGGUCGGAAACUGUCAGUAUGCCAGGUAUACUGAAAAAUCGAACGGCGUCACCUAAUGUACGUACAUCAAUUAUAAUGACGAAGAAAGUCGUACCUAAAACCACCGGUACUAUGCACGCCGAUCACGAGGUUAACAAGAAAAUUACUCUGAACAAUACGAGUCGCAUAUUGAAGUUAAAGAAGCAGGUGGUACCCAAUGUUAAACCAAGCAUUGAAGUUAUUUCCAAGCCCACUGUUACAUCCAGCAAAUUAGCUUCGGAACGACUUAUCUCAAUACCAGCCAAGGCACGCUUGGGCACCACAACUGCCAAACAAGUGACUUUCAGUAAAGUGAUGACAGUGACACGCGUCAAAAGGCCGGAUGUUUUCAGUCGCUUGGGCAUUUAAGUCGAGCUAUCUCAUAUUUCUCUCUCUACUGUUCAUCGCGGAACGAUCUGAGUGGUUUGCAAACGAACUAUUAUUUGUAUAAAGUUAGAGAAGUACUUCAUUUCUAUAAACCAGCUGAGACAUCGGUUAGUGGUCUAAUCAAGUGAUUGAUUGAAAAAUUUCUUUUUAUUACGAUAUAUCGCUAACCCAUAUAGAAUCGCAUACAAGGCGAGGGUGUUGUUUAUGAAUGACAGAUGUAUAUAUGAAUAUAAUAAGAGAUAAUGACUUGAGAACGAUUAGAUUUACAAUUUACAAAUAAUAACGCUCAUGAAUUAUUUGAUGAUGAAUUGUUCGAAAAGAACAUGAUUGGAUGGAUAGCCUAGUGCAAUGUGCUCCUUUUUAUUUACUAAUUUCUGAAAGAUUGUGAUUUAUGACUUUUUCUUUUUUUUUAAUUAAGAAAAACUUUUAACAGAUUUCAUUUUGCAUAAAGAUUAAGCAACUGCGAUCGUAAGGUAUCCUCCUGUAAGGUAUAUAUGUAUUUUACUUGAAACUGUGUACACAUUGUAGCCUUUUUUUUUACUUUAACGAAAAGAGAUAAAGUUUUAUGCAAUACCAUUUUUCCUAUAUAUGUGUAUUACUUUCUAUGUUUUUAUAAUAUCCUGAUAGGAUAUAUCGACGUACACAUAAAUACAAAUGUAUGAAUAAGCAAUUAGAUUUGCUAUAUUUUGAAAUUGGAUCGUGUAUUUUUAGCUGUAUUUCCCUAUUGCUUUUAAUAUCUUUUUCUUCUACAUAAUAAAUAUUUGUUACAUAAAUGCGGAUAUUAUGAGAAAAGCAUAAUCUGUUGGAAGUAUGCUAUGGUAUUAACACGACGUUUAUAUUAUUAUAUUUUAAAUAAUCAAAAAAUAUUGUGAAAAAGCAACGUUACAACACAGAAGAUUCUUUAAUGAUUGAUUUUUGCUCUUAGUUUCUGACAGAUCCAAAUGUGUAAACCAAUCAUAUUAAAAAAUUUUACAAAAAUUAUAAGCUGCUUUUUCAUAAAAACUGAGCGCUGUCAUUGAUACGAUUAUAUAUGUAUUUUGUAUAAUAAUAAUAAUAAUUGAAUUAUUGCCAUAUAA